GCUAUCCAUAAAGCCUUCCAAUGCUCUCUCUCUCUCUCUAAUGGUGAACGCCUCUUCUCCAUAGCUCUAAGCUCUCAGAGAACUCCAUUAAUGGCCACAACUAAAGGGCCUCCGCUCCCCAUCCCAACCCACAAGCUUCUUUUCUCCCGCUUCCCCUCCAAUCCCAAGCUCUGGAGACUCCCCACCCCCAAAUUCCCUCGAACCGGUCCCCAGCCCUUCCUUUUCAUCCGCACCAACGCUUUCUACACCGAGGGACUCCCCAUCUCCAUCGCCACUCGGAAGGACAAAUCCGAGGCCGAGCCGGACGAAAUUGGCCUAUUAAAUGAAAGGAUUCGGAGGGAGCACAAGAGGAGGGAGGGAUCGAAGGCGGGGAGCAAGCUGGAUUCGGCCGAGGCGGAGAGGUAUAUCAAAACGGUCAAGGAGCAGCAGCAGAGGGGGCUUCAGAAGCUCAAAGGGGAUGUCGAUGGGAAGGAGGGUGGGUUUGGGUACCGGGCGGAUCCUUACUCGCUUUGUCCUGGGGAUUAUGUUGUCCAUAAGAGGGUGGGGAUUGGCAAAUUUGUGGCGAUUAAGUAUGACGUUCCCAAGAAUUCAUCCUCGGGGCCUAUAGAGUACGUUUUUAUAGAGUAUGCUGAUGGCAUGGCGAAGCUUCCCGUUAAGCAGGCGGCCCGGAUGCUCUACCGCUAUAAUCUACCAAAUGAAACAAAAAAGCCACGGGCAUUGAGCAAGCUGAGUGACCCUAGUACAUGGGAGAGGCGAAGAAUAAAGGGGAAGAUUGCUGUUCAGAAAAUGGUUGUUGACUUGAUGGAAUUAUACUUGCAUAGGCUGAAACAGAGAAGGCCUCCAUACCCAAAGAACCCAGCCAUGGCUGAAUUUGUUGCACAAUUUCCUUAUGAGCCUACCCCAGACCAAAAGCAGGCAUUUAUUGAUGUAGAGAAGGAUUUGACUGAAAGGGAAACUCCAAUGGAUAGAUUGAUUUGCGGAGAUGUUGGGUUUGGUAAAACUGAAGUUGCAUUGCGUGCUAUAUUUUGUGUAGUAUCUGCUGGAAAACAAGCUAUGGUUCUUGCACCAACUAUAGUUCUAGCCAAACAACACUUUGAUGUCAUUUGUGAGCGCUUUUCUCGAUAUCCUCAUAUAAAGGUUGGACUUCUGAGCAGGUUUCAGACCAAAGCAGAAAAAGAAGGGCAUCUUUCAAUGAUUAAAAGUGGGCAGCUGGACAUCGUUGUUGGAACCCAUGCACUUCUUGGAAAUCGUGUGGUCUAUAGCAGUCUGGGUCUGCUGGUUGUUGAUGAAGAGCAGAGGUUUGGCGUUAAACAGAAGGAAAAGAUAGCAUCGUUUAAAACUUCAGUCGAUGUUCUCACUCUGUCUGCGACACCUAUUCCACGAACUCUUUAUUUGGCAUUGACUGGAUUCCGCGAUGCUAGUUUGAUUUCAACACCACCUCCAGAAAGAGUUCCUAUAAAGACUCAUUUGUCAUCUUAUAGUAAAGAUAAAGUCUUAUCAGCGAUCAAGUUCGAGUUGGAUCGUGGUGGCCAAAUUUUCUAUGUUUUACCUCGUAUUAAAGGAUUGGAAGAGAUUAAGGAAUUUCUUGACCAAUCACUCCCAGAUGCUUCAAUCGCUAUUGCUCAUGGAAAGCAAUACUCAAAGCAACUAGAAGAAACUAUGGAGAAAUUUGCUUUGGGAGAAAUCGAGAUUCUUAUUUGCACUAAUAUAGUUGAAAGUGGACUGGAUAUCCAAAACGCUAACACCAUAAUAGUUCAGGAUGUUCACCAAUUUGGACUGGCUCAAUUGUAUCAGCUGCGAGGGAGGGUUGGGCGAGCAGACAAGGAAGCAUAUGCAUAUUUGUUCUACCCUGACAAAUCAUUGCUCUCUUAUCAGGCAUUGGAGAGACUCGCUGCUAUUGAGGAGUAUCGGGAUCUAGGCCAAGGCUUUCAUCUUGCAGAGAGAGACAUGGGGAUAAGAGGAUUUGGGAAUAUUUUUGGUGAGCAGCAGACUGGUGAUAUUGGAAAUGUUGGCAUUGAUCUGUUUUUUGAGAUGCUCUUUGAAAGCAUGUCUAAGGUGGAAGAACACCGCCUUGUCUCAGUUCCUUACAAUAAUGUUCAGCUUGAUAUAAAUGUAACACCGCAUCUCUCCUCUGAGUACAUAAACUAUCUUGAUAAUCCUAUUGAAUUAAUCAGUGAAGCAGAAAAAGCUGCAGAAAAGGAUAUGUGGAGUUUAAUGCAAUUUACUGAACAUUUACGUCGCCAAUAUGGAAAAGAACCUCGUUCCAUGGAGUUAUUAUUGAAAAAGCUCUAUGUCAGGCGAAUGGCUGCUGAUCUAGGUAUUACAAAGAUAUAUGCAUCUGGCAAGACAGUUCAUAUGGCUGCAAACAUGACUAAGAAGGUGUUCAAGAUAAUGACAGAGUCAAUGGCAUCUGAUGUACAUCGCAAUUGUCUAACAUUUGUCGAAAAUGAAAUUAAGGCUGAACUUCUUUUGGAGCUACCAAAAGAGCAACUCCUCAAUUGGAUUUUUCAGUGCUUGGCAGAACUCUAUGCUGCAUUGCCUGUUCUUGUCAAGUACUAGUUCUCCACGGAGCAAUUUUAGACAAUUCUUUCUGGUCCCUGCUGAAAUUGCGUUGAGGUGGUAUUGUGCAACAAGAACAGGCACCUCAACUUUUCCAUCAUUAUGCAUACCGAGGAAGCCUGCAAUAUGUUACUUCCCUUAUGUCAAGUUUUCGUCUUCUGACUUGACAUGCUGGCAGUUAAUGUGGAGCUCCAUUUCACAGACCGAGGAAGGAUUAUUCUAUUUUAGCUUACAACCAUGAGACCCAUAACACAGUAACCCUAUUACAGAAUUAUUUUUUUUUUUGCGGCAAGGAGUCUGAUUGUGAAUUCCGACCCUUAUAUGCAAACACUGGUAGGAUUUGCCUGAACAGAAGGAUUGGGCUCAGCAUAAACUCUAUUUGUCAUUUUGGAAUGUCCAUGAAGCAGCCUGGCUAACUCCACAUAUUCACAAGAAGUUCCCUGCCAGUUGGUUACUAACCUGACAAAUCUGAUGGGAUUUACUAGAAUUAGACUAGACAACCUAACUUGAUGUCAUUGAUUUUCUACUGUGAAGGUUUAUAUUUCUUAUAAAAACGCUAUCAAAAUUUCACGAAUCCCUUUGGAGUUUUAUUGUCUAUGACCUGUAUUCCUGCUCAGGGCCAUGACUGGUCGUUGCAAGAACUAGUAUGGCAAUAUUCUCCUGUCAAUUUGUUUAAUAUGAAACUCUACUUUGGUGUAUGGAGGAAAAGUGUUGCCCUGGGGGAAUGUUUGCUUAGUGUCUGUUUCACCAAGGAA